CAGGUCAGCUGACGUCACGGCCCACAGUAGCCAUGGGAACGGGGUGUGCUUGACACCCUCCGGGGCCCGGGGCUCAAAGCAGCCCCGCUUCGGGGCAGAAAAGAGGAAUGAGUCGCGGCCCCGGCUCCGACCGCCGCCUCGUCCGCCGUCCGCCCGCGGGGCUGGGAGCUGGUGCCCGCCGCCCCCGUGCCUUCCCUGCCCUGGCACCGGCUCCUCGUCCCGACCCGCACCCCGGUGCCCGGGCGCGCUGCCCCCUCCCCGGCCCUGCUGGUGCCCUGCACUCCUGACCCCUCCUCUCCCGGUGCCCCCAGCGCCAUUGGGCCACAUCCUGCUGGCCAGCCCCCCCCUGCACACCCAGCGGCUCCCCUCCCCACGCCGGGCAAGGCCCCCUGGCCGCAGCCCGGGCUCCAGCUCCCGGUAGCAGAGCUCUCCCGAGGGCAGGGACCGCGGGCAGCUCCGGCAGGCCCGCUCGGGUGCUGGAGUCCGGGCUCCUGCCUCUCGCGGCGCGGCCUCCGCUCCCGCAGGCCUGAGCACACGGACAUCCUGCGAAACGAGGAGCCCCCGGGGCUGGCAUAGCGCCAGGCCCCCCGGCUCGUCCCACACCAAGGGCACCGGGCAGCUCUUUAGCUCGGGCGGGCAAAGUAGAGGCAGGCUGGAUCCGGGCGCCGGGGCAUUUCAUCCGGCCGCAGCUGCGAGCACUUCCCAGCGUGCAGCCCCGAGCCCCGCUCACUUCCACGGGACAGCGUUCCCGGCUCCCACCCGCGCCCCCGGCCCCGGCCCCGGCCCCGAGCGCAGGCAGGAUUGCUGCAGCGCGGGCGGGAGGGAAGCGGCGGCGGCAGGAGCGCGGGGUCCGCCUGGCUCCACUGCGGGAGGUGGGGGGCUCCCCGGGCCGGGCACACGUGCACCCCGGUUCUCCGCCCCGGCCGCGCACCCGGGGAGCAGGAUGGAGCCGGUGCCCGCCCCGCACACUGGCUCCUCUCCCGCGUGAGCUUCGCCCGGUGGAGCCGGGAUGUGAGAAUGGACAGGACAGGGGUUCUGGGAGCAGACCCCAGGCCUGGAUGCCCAGAGUCCCCAGCCCCAAGACUGCCCCGGGCUCCUGUUACCAGGACAGGGCCGUCCACGGGUGCUCCUCAGAGGGCUGUGGAGAAGGGCAUGAGCUAGGCCUGGCCCAGGUCCCAGACCCAUUUCAGCUUAUGGAACAGGAUGGAGCCUUUUCCUGUUGACUCCAGGGUGGGGCCUGGCCCCUUCCCAAGUAAAAGCGAAAGCCAGAGAGAAGUUCCUGGGAAUCCAUUUUAGCUGCAGGAUUCAAGGAAUCUGUGAAGCCAGAAGGAAAGAUGCAGCCCUGGGUGCAGUGCCUGGGCACCCAGCUCCUUCCCGUGGCCCUGCUCCUUUCUCCACUCUUCCCUGCCCCACACGGUUCCCAGCUACAGGUGACCACAGCGCCCUCCUCCACGGCUCGCGUGGGCUUGGGGACCCUGCUGCAGUGCCAGUUCGAUGUCGGGGAGCCCGUGGCCCUGGACUCCCUGCAGGUGACCUGGUAUUUCUUGGGGCGGAUGGUGGCUUGGUACAACCGAAGCAGGGGUCAGGACCAACCCAGAGCCAGCCUGCCAUUGGAGAAGGAGCUGGAGAGUGGAAAUGCCUCCCUGUCGCUUGCCAUGGUGACCGUGCCUGACGGGGGCUUGUACCGGUGUGUUGUGGGGUACAGGGCACAGCAUCACGAGGGGAAUACCACUCUGCACCUGCUCGCUGACCCGAAGAUCUCCAUCCCAAAAGAAUCAGCCAUAGCCCAUGUCGAGACCUCCCUCCUGUGCCACGUCGGGGGGUUCUUCCCCAAGCACGUGGACGUGGCGUGGCUGAGAGACGGGCAGGUCCUGAAGGGCUCCACCCGCUCCAGCCCCCAGAGGAACCCGGACGGGACCUUCAACCUCACCCUGACCUACACCUUCACCCCCACCCGCAGCGAUGCCGGCAGCAACUUCUCAUGCCGUGUCCACCAUGCGGCUCUGGGUCAUCCAUUGCAGAAGGACAUCUCCCUGCACAUCCUAGGUGCCCCGACGAUCUCCAUCCAGAAACAAGCAGCCGUGGCCAAUGCUGAGAUGUCCCUCCUGUGCCACGUGGGAGGGUUCCUCCCCAAGGACAUGGACGUGGCGUGGCUGAGAGACGGGCAGGUCCUGAAGGGCUCCACCCGCUCCAGCCCCCAGAGGAACCAGGACGAGACCUUCAACCUCACCCUGACCUACACCUUUUCCCCCGCCCACAGCGACACCAGCAGUGUCUUCUCCUGCCGCAUCCACCAUGUGGCUCUGGGGCAGACGCUGCAGGAGGAGGACGUCCUCCUGAUCAUCCUAGAAGAGUACCGGAUGUGCAUCACAGUUGGAGCAGCCCUGGGAGUCCUGGGGAUCCUGAUUGGAGUUGCAGUAGCUCUAGGCAUUUACUGCUGUAGGAACAGAAAAAAAGGCUGGGUGGUCUCCUACAAUGUCUCAAAGGUGGAGGGGCCGGAGCAGUGCCUGCUGGGCCAGGAGGUGACCCUGCGCUGCUCCAUGGAGGGGACGUUCCCCAAGGACGUGGACGUGACAUGGGAGAGGAUCCACAGCAAGGACAGGACGGUGCCUGAGAGCGCUGGGGACCAGGAGAGCCCCAAGCACCAGCCGCUGUUCCCCGCCCUCCCCCCGGGCUGGAGAGUGACCGAGGAGAGAGCUGGGACCCGCCUCACGUCCUCCCUGACCUUCACCCCCACGCUGCAGGACGAUGGGGUGCAGAUCCGGUGCAUCUUCCUCCACAAGGCCAAACGGAUCAGAGAGGAGCGAGUGUCCCCAGAGAUCCAGGUGUGGGCCCGGCCGCAGGUGUCCGAGAUCCAGGUGUUGCCAGAGUGGGACCCCCACGACAAGGUGCCGUUUGCUGUCCAGCUCCACAACUUCUACCCCAUGGAGGUGCCCCCAAUCCAGUGGGGCUGGGACGGGGCCGGGAGCUGGAGGGAAGACCCCGCGCAGAUAGACAAGAACGCGGACGGCACGUUCACCGCGACGAGCGUCUGGAGAGUGCCCAGCCGGAGCCUGACCCAGCCGGAGCUGCGAGUGCGAGUGUGCGUCCAGCACGGCCCCGGAGAGCCCGCGAGCGAGAGAGAGCUCAGCCUGAGGGCCGCGGGUCUCCUGCGGCCCCCGGACGUGUCCGAAAUCUCCCAGCCUGAGUCCAUGCCCACGGGGAAGGGAGUCACCCUGAGCUGCCGCAUCGCGGGGCAUUUCCCGGGGGAGCUGAGCGUGACCUGGCUGCGGAGGGGCAAGGGGGAGGCCACUGCUGUGAUCCUGCGGGACUCGGCUGAGUGCAGGGUGGAGCCCGGCACGGCCGUCCUGGCACGGGACGGGAAGAGCUUCCAGCAGGAGACCAGACUCACCCGCUGGACAUCCCAGGACAAGGGGGCAGAGUACAUCUGCCGUGUGGGACACCUCACCCUGGAGACCCCCAUCGAGAGGAGCAGCGGUCAUACAGUGACCACCAAAGCCUCAAAGAGCUGAGGAGGCAGUCAAAGACAGAAGCAGUUACCAGCACUGCAUCUCUGCCAUGACCCACGGGACUCCAGGGACACUGUCCACAGCUGGGCUGGGCUGGGAUGCAGGGGCCAGGGUCUGGCUGGAGACUGGGUCGUGGUUACAUCAAACCCAGGCCUUUGCUGUUGGAAGCUGCUCCUGCCUCCCUGCCCUCCUCAUGUGACCUGUGCGGUGGGGCUGGACAGGGAGCCCAGGGCUGGGGGCUGUCUCUCACUCUCUGUCCAUGGGGGGCCCAGGCUGAUGUGGCCCCCAGGCUGCCAGAAUAAAGAUGAGAGUGCUGACAUUCA